UUUAAUUUCAAAUUGUCAUUACACUUUUUUUGACGUGAACAUUAUACAAUCUACAAAGAAUGUAUUAUCACAAGUUUUAUAAUACAGUGAUAUUCUUUUUCAUUUUCGGUGUUUUACAUGUAAAAAGUGAUCAAGUGAAGAAUGAACAAUCGAAAAAUAUUCAACCUGGUAAAGAAUCUGCUUUAAGAGAAGGAGAUUGCGCGAAAGCUGUGUUGGCAGAUAUGGUGUAUCAAGAUCAUGUUAGAAAACCGGGAAUUCCUUUUAUCACCAGAAAUGCAACUUUACCAUGGCAUGGUGAUGCUAAAAUUUACUGCGUGAUCGUGGAACCGGACAGAGAGCAAACACCCGGGGCUCGUGUAUCAAUUAAAGAUGGCGGAAUCAAUCAUACAUUUGUAAACUUGGAGAUUGUGUCUAAGACAGGUGAAGGAUUGGAUUAUGUCGUACAAGUGUUCGGAAAAAAUGUGAAAUAAUCCUCAUUUUUAUUAAUAUUUUAUUUUAAUAAAAACUAACAAACUGUAUA